AUGUUAUACAUCAUGCAACAUGUCUUCGCAGAGUACACGAGUACAUGGAUUAUUUUCUUAUGUUAUCUUUUCGUGCUCAUUGUUUCUAUUUAUUUGCAGACAUUAGGCCUCCUGAGGAGCUAUACACAUGUCAGAAACUACAGCAGUCAACUUUCAGGUCUUAUUCCAGUUGGUCCCCAAAGCUCAAAGCUGACAAGAAGGAACAAUUACUUUCCAAAUGCCUCUCCUUACCAACUCUGGAGUAGGUCAUUCGCAUCAGACAAUGGAGACAAGUUUGAAGCUGUUGUACCUUUCAUGGGUGAAUCUGUAACUGAUGGAACUCUUGCUAACUUCUUAAAGAAACCUGGCGAUAGAGUUGAGGCUGAUGAGGCCAUAGCCCAGAUUGAAACUGAUAAGGUCACCAUAGAUGUUUCUAGUCCUGAAGCUGGUGUUAUUGAAAAGUUUAUUGCUAGUGAAGGUGAUACUGUUACUCCAGGCACCAUAGUUGCUAUCGUAUCAAAGUCUGCAGCACCUGCUGAAACACAUGUUGCCCCAUCUGAGGAGGCGCCCCAAAAAGAAUCACCUCCAGUAAAAUCUGAAGAGAAAUCACCAAAAGCAGAAGAGAAACCAACAAAAGUAGAACCUCCCAAGAAGCAGGCACCAAAGCCAACUCCUUCAAAAACCUCCCCUACAGAACCACAGCUCCCUCCAAAAGAGCGAGAGCGACGGGUGCCAAUGCCCAGGCUUAGGAAACGCAUUGCCAACCGUUUGAAGGAUUCCCAGAACACAUUUGCAAUGCUGACCACAUUCAAUGAAGUUGACAUGACCAAUUUGAUGAAGCUGCGGUCUGACUACAAGGAUGAAUUUGUCAAGAAGCAUGGUGUCAAACUGGGUCUGAUGUCUUGCUUUGUCAAGGCUGCUGUUUCUGGACUGCAGAACCAGCCAAUCGUGAAUGCUGUCAUUGACGGCGAUGACAUCAUAUACAGAGACUAUGUCGACGUUAGUGUUGCUGUUGGCACUUCCAAGGGUCUUGUGGUGCCGGUUAUCCGAGAUGCUGAUUCAAUGAACUUUGCUGACAUCGAGAAAGGGAUAAACAACCUUGCAAAGAAGGCUACUGAGGGGGCGCUGUCAAUUGACGAGAUGGCGGGAGGAACAUUCACCAUCUCCAACGGCGGUGUCUAUGGAAGUCUUAUUAGCACGCCUAUCAUCAACCCCCCGCAGUCAGCGAUUCUUGGGAUGCACUCCAUCGUGCAGCGCCCUGUGGUUGUGGACGGCAGCAUCCUCGCCAGGCCCAUGAUGUACCUCGCGCUGACAUACGACCACAGGCUGAUCGACGGCAGAGAAGCCGUCUACUUCCUGCGCCGCAUCAAGGACGUCGUCGAGGACCCCCGGAGGCUGCUCCUUGACAUAUAA